AUGGCUUCAACACACAAGGCCCACCUCUUGGACGUCUUUGUCUAUGGCCCUGACGAGGCACCGCCGCUGCAUGCCCUCGCUGGGUUUCCGUACUUUAUCUUGACCAUUGCCCAUGUCCAGCUCGGACAUUUUGUGUGGCUCCACGGCAUGGGCUUUACCGGCUGCGUGAUUUACACGCUUCUCUCGUUUGGCUCGAUUGUGCUCGAUGGCCUUGCCAACCCGAGCCUCGGGAAGAACCUCCAAACGCUCCGCUGCAACGGGUUCUCCGACACGCUCACUGCGACCCGCAUGUCGCUCAACUUGAUAUCGAACGUUGUCAUGACGUGGCUCGUCUUCCAAGAGCUUUGCGGUCCGGACGCGGUUGCCUCGACCUUGCGUCUCGGGUCGUACUCGCCGUACACGGUCGCAGCGAUUGCCGCCAACAUUGGUUUGACCGAAGUGCUCUUCUAUUUUGCGCACAAGUGCCUCCACGAGGUGCUGCCACGUAUUCAUUUGAUGCACCACUGCUGCUUUUACCCGACGCACUCGACCAACUUUAUCUUUGACCCGAUCGACUUUGCCUUCGAGCUUGGCAUGCCCACCGCGUUCUUGUUUGUCAACCAUUUCGUACUCUGGCAGCAAGAUCAUGUCGUGCUCCUCGUCUCGUACAUGAUUGUGCAGCAGUACUAUGCGUUGGACCACAGCGAUUUCCUCCAGCUGCACCAUUUCAAGCACCACGCACGACUCGACGACAUGUACACGGCGUACAUCAAGUACCACAACCCGCGCAAUACCAAGUUCGAGGCCGUGCGCAAGAUCAUGCAGCGCCCGGCCAAGCAUGCCUAGUUGUUAUCAAGAUGAAUGUCAUUUU